CCUGACUCGCGCGCCUCCACCACUCAAGCAUAUCGCUCAAAGACAGUCACAGUUGGAUCUCGAAUUGUUCGUGGAGGCGGCAAUGGACUACGAAGGAAUUCUGCUUGGGAUGGGCAAUCCACUUCUGGAUAUUUCCGCCGUUGUGGAUCAAGAGUUUUUAGACAAGUAUGGCCUUCGCCUGAACGAUGCAAUUCUAGCCGACGAAAAGCACAAACCUAUGUAUGAAGAACUGUCUUCCAAGCACAAUGUAGAGUAUAUUGCUGGAGGGGCUACUCAAAAUUCAAUCAGAGUUGCCCAGUGGAUGUUACAAAUUCCUGGUGCCACUGCCUACAUGGGUUCUAUCGGAAAGGACAAAUUUGGGGAGGAAAUGAAGAAAAAUGCACAGCAAGCUGGUGUCAAGGUUCAUUAUCAUGAAGAUGAAUCUCCAACUGGUACUUGUGGUGUUUGUGUACUUGGAGGUGAAAGGUCCCUUGUUGCCAAUUUGUCUGCUGCCAAUUGCUACAAAAUUGAUCAUUUGAAGAAGGCAGAGAAUUGGGCAUUGGUUGAGAAGGCCAAAUACUACUACAUUGCUGGAUUCUUCCUCACAGUUUCACCCGACUCUAUCAUGCUUGUUGCCGAGCACGCAGCUGCUAAAAACAAGGUUUUCUGUACAAACCUUUCUGCUCCAUUUAUCUGUGAGUUCUUCAAGGAUCGCCAGGACCAACUGAUUCCAUAUGUGGACUACCUUUUUGGAAAUGAGACAGAAGCAAGAACUUUCUCCAAGGCCCAUGGUUGGGAGACAGAGAACGUGGAAGAAAUAGCUCUGAAGAUUUCGCAGCUGCCAAAGGCUUCGGGGACUCGCAAAAGAAUUACUGUGAUAACUCAAGGUGCAGAUCCAGUAGUGGUUGCAGAGGAUGGGAAGGUGAAAUUAUUUCCCUUGGCUCCCCUCCCAAAAGAAAAACUUGUGGAUACCAACGGUGCAGGCGAUGCCUUUGUGGGAGGUUUCUUGUCCGAAAUGGUGGUUGAGAAAGAGGUUGAAGUGUGCGUGAGAGCAGGUUGUUAUGCAGCAAAUGUGAUCAUCCAGAGGUCUGGCUGCACAUACCCUCCCAAGCCUGAUUACCACUGACAGUUACGGUGAGUUUUAUUUUUGGGAACCUUACGUUGCUGCUCAUUUAUUUUUGUUGUUGCUUAUGUUAUGUUAUGUAUGUGCCUAAAGAACCCUCCUGAUUUUGUUGUGUGUGUAUGCUAUAUAUAAUAAUAUGUAUUGCCCUUUUGUUCACCUAUAA